AUGGGCCACAUUCACAGAUCGUGUUUCUUUGUCGCGACCAUUGCGUUGGGGACAAGUAGCUGUAAAAGCACCUCUCUGUAUUCCCCUGCUCCACCACUCGUCACCGCUCUCAGCUUGAACUCUCGCCCUGACUUCGCGUUUGAUCCUCUCAGGCCCAACAACAAAUCACAGUUACCGCAACCCCUUCACCACCACCACCACCCUCCCUCAAAGCCUUCUUCCCCUUGUUUCCCCAUUAAUCCACCUCCACCUUUCGACAACCACCUCCCCUUCACUUCCCCACUACCCUGUUUUGGAAGCAACAAGAGGUUCGCUGAACCUGCUGAUUACGGCCUCGGGGACAGACGAAACAAGCGUAUGAUCAAGAAUCGUGAGUCUGCUGCACGAUCAAGGGCUAGAAAGCAGGCUUACACAAAUGCGCUGAAGCAUAAAGUUGAUCAUUUGCUGGAAGAAAAUGCAAGGCUCAAAAGACAGCAACAAGAGUUGUGGGAAGCUGCAGCGGGUCAACAAAAGAAGAAGAGCAACCUAUACCGAUCAGCUACAGCUCCAUUUUGAGAAGUAUCUAGUGGUGAUACACCUGAAGAUCUUACCCAUUGUGUUUUGUUUGUGUGGUUGUGACUCAUCCACCUUUUAGUUAAUUAAUCUAACUUCCUUUUUUAGAUAGUGGUGCUUUGGGGAUGAAUAGAUCUAUAUAAGGGAAGAAUCGAUAAAGUGCUUUUUUUUUGUAUGGGGACCUAAUGAUAAUUUUGAUGGGUGCAUUGUUUUC